CGCAUGUGCAGGUACACGAAUACAAAUCGGCCCUACAAAUUAUUGGAAAUAGACCUCAUGGUCAACUGGAAUAGAUAUUCACGAGAAAACUCCGGAGUUAUUUUAGUUACGCCUGUGCAAAGUCACUCCACGUUGAAAUCGGUCUUUGAAGAUAUCUGGGAAGCUGAAGGAACGAAAAGAAAUACUGGAUAUUUGUGCGAACUCUGGGAUAGUGGUGCAGAUUCUUCAGCGCCCGAGAAGACCACUAUCAUGGUUAUCUAUGUGACUAGUUAUUUAAACGGAGCAGCGACUUUCAUAAUACGAGGAGCGAAUUCCUUUCAAUCAUCAAGAGAUAUCACCCACCUCACUAAUAGAGUGUCGACACGGGCAGAGAUUUGA